AAUACUAAUCAGUAAAUCUUUUCCUAAAGGAAACAUAGGAAUUGUAAUAAUGUGGACUUUAUCAAGGGCAGUAAGCAUAUUUUCUCAAAAAAAUAAAAAGGGCAGAAAAAACCAUAUUUAUUAUAUCAUUAUGCGACUUGUAUAAAAACAAAAACAAAAACAAAAAAUAUAGACCAGGUUUCGUAGAUUUACCUGUUUUCUUGGAAAACCACUGCGCCCCCAUCCCCCACCAUCACCACCUCUUGAGAAAAUGUCCGCGUUCUCACUCUCUCUUUCUUAUCGAUAUAACCCCCCUUCUCUAACCUCCCCAUUUUCCACACGCUUCUUCCUCCUCUCCAUCUCUAAACAAAUCUCCAUCCAAAAAUCUCCCAAACUUUAUUGCUUUUUAGUAAUACCAAACAACACUAUGCGGUUGAGUUGCAGUGGAUGUCGAGUCUUACGCAAAGGCUGCAGUGAUGACUGUACCAUAAAACCUUGCCUUCAAUGGCUCAAUUCUCCCAAAUCCCAAGCGAACGCCACUCUCUUUUUGGCUAAAUUCUACGGUCGCGCCGGCCUUAUCAACCUCAUCAACGCUGGUCCUCAACAUCUCCGUCCUGCAAUUUUUAAAUCACUACUGUACGAGGCUUGUGGGCGGAUUGUAAACCCGGUUUACGGUUCAGUUGGGUUGUUAUGGACUCGGAACUGGCAGCUCUGCCAGGCCGCUGUGGAAGCCGUUUUAAGAGGUGAGCCGAUUAAGCAAAUUUCAUCAUCUAAUGAAUUGGCUAUCAACGCCUGCGAAAUCCGCCACGUCUAUAAGGAUGAUAGCUUAGCUACUAUGCCUGCUGUUUCUGAUCAGCUGCAUAAAAUCAAGCGUAAGCCUAAGAGCCAAUUCAAGCGCUCGGCUUCUAAACCCAAGCUCAAAGUAGAGCCGGCUCUGGAGUUUGAGGCUGAGACAGGUUUAUUGAGUCUAAGUGGGUUGGCGAGUCAUGACUCAGGAGUGAGUUGGCGUCCGACCAUUGACAGUGAUAGUGGAGAAGGUGACAGCAUGUCAGCUGAGACUGUGGAGGCUUCUUUGGCUAAGCUUGAUGAGCAGGCUGAUGGAAGUAAUGUAGAGUUAGAGUUGACUUUAGGGUUGAAAAGAAGCUAGAGGGUAGAUGGACGGUUGUGGUGGUGGCACGUGUAGAGCAGAGUUGCGAUUUGGUGCAGCGAAAGCCAUGUAUAAAAAACCGUUUUGGCGGCUCUGGCGAUCGAAGAUUUUUAGAAUGAGUUCUUUUUCUUCUUCUUCUUCUUUUUUUCAAAUAACACGCUUUUAUUUUAGUAGGUAGAAAUUCUUUUA